GACGUUUUGUAACCUUGAUAACGUCGACCUUGGACCACAUAUAUCUGCCAUGAACGAUUCUACUACAGCAGGAAUUUUAAAUAUAACACAUGUAACAAAGGCUAAGGAGUUAGAUGACCAAUUUCUAUUCGCCACAUCAGCAUAUUCUCAAAUUAUCGCUAGUUUAUGUGCACUGCUUUCAUGCAUGAUAACAUUUCACCAAAUGUAUUUCCACCUUAAGAACUAUACAUGUGUCGCUGAACAACGGUAUAUAAUAAGGAUUUUAGUACUGGUUCCAGCGUAUGCCAUCUAUUCAUUUCUAAGUAUAAUGCUGGCUGUGCAUGCAAUGUUGGAUAGUAUCUACGUAGAUUUCAUACAUGACAUUGCAGAAGCAUUCGCAAUUUAUAGUUUUCUGGCUUUGUGCUAUCAGUACCUCAGAGGGGAAGGAAACAUAAUGUUGGAGCUCACUGGGAAAACUAUCAAAUUCAGCAUACUUUAUGGUACUUGCUGUUUUGCUGGGAAACCAUACACUAUCCUAUUUCUCCGAUUUUGUAAGAUAGCGACUCUUCAAUACACACUGAUUAAACCAUUUACGUCUUUCACUUCUAUGAUUCUGAUGGCUACAAAGAAGUAUACUGUGGGUGAUUUCGGCAUCACUUCAGGUUACCUGUACUUAUUUCUCAUCAACAAUAUUACAGUAACUCUUGCUGUAUAUGGCUUACUAUUAUUUUAUUUUGCAACUCGAGAGCAAUUGAAACCAUUUUCCCCAUUGCUCAAAUUCGCUACAAUCAAAUCAAUCAUCUUUUUUAGUUUUUGGCAAGAUGUAUUAUUUAGCAUAUUGGAAUGGAGCCAUGUUAUAACUACAACCAAUGGAUAUUCAGCUACAAUAAUUGCUGGUAUUUACAAGAAUUUACUGAUAUGCGUUGAAUUGGUUAUUGUUGCCAUCGCUCUACGCUAUGCAUUCCCCUACAGUAUUUAUGUAUUGCAUCAUCCACCUCGCCUUGUAUUUGAUGUUCCUUCGAACGAUUCGAACUGGCUGAAUGACGAUUUUAUGUUUACUACAAAGCCAUCAGUUGAUUUCAGAGCAGCAAAUGAUUCAACUAGAAUAGACUUGAACAAAGGUGAUUCACGUUUAACACCAGCAACAUUUGUUAGCUAUGCACCGUCAGCAGGAUAUGGUGAACCACUACCCUGGGAUAUCGUUGACUGGCAAUUGAAUAAUGAUGGAUUUGAAAAGUUAUGGAGUAGUCAAAACUCAAAUGUAAUUCCAAGUAUAUCUGCGAGUAUCAAAGCAACUAUCGACCCUACAGAUAUACUUGUUGAUGCUGUUCAUAAUUUCCAUCCUAAUUAUCGUCAUUAUACUCAGGUAAUCUUUCAUCGGAUUAUGCUACCAUCCUGUGCUUGCAUAUGCCGAAACAGAGAAUCAAUAAUGAAAUGUGAUAAACACUCGGACUUCUAAUUCCUAAUGAUUAGAUUGUUUUAGAAACAUUGUCAAAAGUUGUCUUGCGACCCAGCUACUCAGUGCAAGAUUUUUAAUCUUCUAAACUAAAUUGAGAUGAAUCACAAUAAUCGCUGGUUUCUUAGAGUGACUUCGAAACCACCUGUUUCGACACUGCCUACUUUUGUUUGGGUUACCGGAUUGUAUUCUCAUGUCUUACAAAAACAUUUUGUGUGCCAUUUAAUUAUUUCUAAUAAUUUAGAAUUGAUUUAGCCAAAAAGUUAAGGAAGUACACAGUGGUGAUUGUACUGUUGGACAAGCUACCAUCUACUCAUGUCUUCAAAUUCCAUUAAGAAAUACUCUGGAUCUCUAGGCCCAAUACAUUAAUUGUGUUUGCAAGAUAUACAACGUGGAUGAGUUGUCGUAUAUUAUUUAUUAAUUUUUUUCGAAGGGAUUAAUCAUGAUGUUUCAACUGAAGGAAACAGUAACGUCAAGUGCGUUAAUCACUGGAUUAACCAUAAUAGAUAAACUAUCUCUGCUUUUACCAGGCUAGAAAGCUCACUGCGCCACUGACUAGCACAAAUAAGUGGAAUAUGUUAUUCCCUACUUAUAUGUAGUCGCUGAACAUUAUGUUUUGCUUCUUUUUCUACAGACACAGAUGGAUGAAGACAGUUGAAGAUGCACGACAGUUCUCCAGAUAAAGUACAAAUCAUUUGACUUCUGCAGAAUACAUUCUACCAAGAGGAUAAUU